UGCUGAUUCAAUUCGGACAUUGCAGACGAAAAAAUUUAAAAGCAGUGUUAAAACCGAAAAUAAAAACAAAAUUUACUUAAAUUAAUAUUCAUUUAAUUCGAUUAGUUAUUAAAAACAAAACUAUCGAAUGACAACAAACAAUUCAUCGAUAAUAUCUUUCGAAUAAAAGCUGAUUCAGCUAAUUCGAAAAACCAAAACAAACAAAAAAUGAAAGUCGAUACAAAUCGGCUUAAAAAAGGCACUUCGGAGUUAACUCCGGAGUGUCGCCAACUUAUUGAGGACAUGAAUUCAAGAAAGACCAGAAAAGAACUAUUGGAGUAUUUAGAGAAACUGCGUGGUUGGGUUUACGGAAAAUGUGAACUCUAUCACUGGAUAGAGUUAUUGGACCGUUUCGAUGACAUCUUGGCAGAAGCUGCAAAAGAAAAUCCCGAUAAUGAAUUUGCUUUGUAUUGCGACACAAAUUAUACACCAUCUGAUGUUCGGCUAUUGCUUUAUGUCAUCAAUUUUACAACCCUUCUCAUAGAACAUUCAUUUUCAAGACAUUUGUAUAAUUCUAUUGAACACUUGACACAAUUACUUUCAUCAACAAACAUGGAUAUAGUAAUGUGUGUUUUGAAUCUUUUGUAUAUGUUUUCGAAACGAAGCAACUUUAUACCAAGAUUAAAUAGCACAAAAAAAGUUUCAUUACUAAAUAAACUUUUCAACUUUGCUGAGAGUUGGGGCGGAAAGGAAAAUGGAUUUUCUCUUGCUCAAUGCUGCAAAAAGGAUGCCCGUCUUCCACGUUCAUCAUCAACACUUUACUUUGAAUACUAUAAUGCUGGAGGGCAAUUGGAUUUUAUAGAAGUUCCCGGUCUCGACAGAAUUAAAGAGUCGCCUGCUUCAAUGGCAAAAAUAGUGUGUGACAAAAUCCCACAUUUAGGAGAUGAUCAAAGGAUGCACAUUUUAACAAGAAUCCGUUUGGCUGCAACUUUCCACAACUAUCGCAUGAGACUACAAUUUGUUCAAGCACGUUUGCAAGCUAUAUCCGUAUUGGUGUACUCAAAUGCCAUAUUGGACAAUAUACACAACUUACUUUAUCCUGGAUUUUUGGAGGAAUUAGUUGAACUUUUAGAAGUUAAAGAUAUUCAUUUAGUUGAAAUAAGAGCUGCAGCUUUACGAACAUUGACAUCAAUCAUACAUUUGGACCGAAAUCCACAUUUUCCAAAGAAACCUGGAUCUCGUCUAUCUAAAAUUAUCGAAGUAACAGGAGCAGCGCUAUACCAUGGAUUUUUGCCCACACUAGUACGCGCCUGCAUUAACCAUCUCAUCUCAAUACAAGCAAAAGAAAACGAUGUCGUUGCAUCCUACUCUGUAAUGCAUCAGUACACUUUUGCCUAUGAAAAUACCAACAUAACCGAAUUUGACUUAUUUAAGCAAACAAAUCAAUUCCCAUUAUCAUUGGCUACAGCCUUAUUUAGCUUCCUUUAUCAUUUGGCUUCAUAUGAAGCUGGUGGUGAAGCUUUGGUUGCUUGUGGUAUGAUGGAAUCUUUGCUUCGUGUUAUCAAUUGGCCAGGAGCCGACCUCGAACACAUAACAUUUGUAACAAGAGCUGUUCGAGUCAUUGAUUUAAUUACCAACAUUGACAUGCACACAUUUCAUAGUAACAAUGGACUAGGAGCAUUCAUCCAACGACUUGAAACUGAAGUACAUCAUUGUCGUCAAGAUCAACAAGAUGGCAAAAAGAAGAGAAAAAGACGAACCGCCGAAAUUGAUUAUAUGAAUAAACAUGACAUAAUAAAAAGUCCCAUUCGGGAAGGUGAGGAAGAUUCCGAUAUGACCGAUGCUGAAGGUAUAGGUUUGGAAUUUGAAAACGAAAGAGAUAAAGAUGAUAACGAAGAUAGUAAUAUUUCUUCUGAAAGUGACACUAAAUCACUGCAUUACAAUGAGCCGGGCUCAUCUUCAUCAAAUGCUAGCACUUCUACAUCCAAAAAGGAUACAGAUUCAAAUGAAAAGGACAAAAAGAUUGCAUGUGUAACACAACGUGCAGCUCUACUUAAAUCAAUGUUAAAUUUCUUGAAAAAAAGUAUUCAAGAUAGUGCAUACAACAGUGGGAUGCGUAACGUUAUGGAAAGCAGCUUACCACGCUCCUUACGUAACAUAAUCAGCAAUGCAGACUAUUAUGGUCCUUCAUUAUUUUUGCUAGCCACAGACGUAGUAACAGUCUAUGUUUUCCAAGAACCCUCUCUACUUUGCACAUUGCAAGAUAGUGGAUUAACAGAUAUUGUAUUGCGAUCACUUUUGCGUAAAGAAGUUCCAGCUACCAGAGAAGUCCUUGGAUCACUUCCAAAUGUUUUUUCCGCUUUAUGCUUGAAUGCACGCGGUCUUGAAGAGUUUUCUUCCUACCAUCCAUUUGAUCGACUCUUUCAAGUUUUACUUUCUCCAGACUAUUUAAUUGCAAUGCGAAGACGUCGAAGCUCUGAUCCUUUGGGAGAUACGGCAACAAAUUUAGGAAAUGCUAUGGAUGAUCUUAUCAAGCAUCACCCAAGUCUCCGCACUGAUGCAACCAAGUCUAUAAUAAAACUUUUAACUGAGCUUGUUCGUAUUGGAAGUGAUCCCCAUUUUAUAUGCUGGCGGGCAAAUAAUAACAAUGCCAAGUCUGACACUGGCUCCACAUCGCAAUCGAAUGCAGCUCGUAAUGCAAACAAGGACAAUGGUAAUGGAAGUAGUGGCGAAGAUGACGAUGACGAGGAAAUAUCAUCAGCUUCUCAGCAAAGAAGUUCAAAUAGAAAUGAAAAUGCUGCUUCCAGUUCUAGGACAUCAUUCACCCAGAGCACAACAUACCAACAACAUUCCGGCACUACCCCAGAAGAACGUGAACCUGUUCCAUUGAUUGAUUAUAUCUUAAAUGUUAUGAAGUUUCUCGAUGCUAUCAUCAGCAACGGUACCAAUGGAGAACAUUGCCGUGAAUUCGUAAGUCUUGGUGGACUACAACCUUUGCUGUCGAUUUUAUCAUUGCCCAAUUUACCAGUUGAUUCUCCAGUCACUACGACAGCUCAAGCUGUUGCAACAGUAUGUAAAUCUGUUUUGAAUCUAGCCCAUGAAACCAAGGUAAUUGAAGUGGCUAUAGAGCAACUAUCACAAGUUGUUGAAAAACUCAAUCCAUUGGUUGUUCAUAUGAAUUCUCCAGAAAAGAGUAUACUCCUUAAAGAAUUGACAAACUGUCCCAGAAUGGAAGCUGGAUUUUCCAACGCCGAUUAUACCCCAUUAUUACAUGCAAUGAGUGCAGUUCAUGGAUAUGUGGUUAUGUUAGUCCACAUUUGCCGUAGUAGCCAAAACGAUGUACGUAUGUUGUUGUUACGCAAAUGGGGUAUUGAUUGUGCCAGAGGCAAGAAAUUACUUCAAAGCUUGGUUCAAUUGUAUACAUCUUUGGUUUGGGAAAGUACUAUUUUGUUGGGUAUGUGCUCAGAAGAUAAUGCUAAUGCCGCUAAAGGCCCUGAAUUUAAUUACGAUGAAUCGAUAAAUCGAAUUCAAACCGAACUCAGAAGAGAUACGGUUGAUAUAAGUGAAGAAUCUUCAGAUCAAACACCUUCAACUUCAGCCGCAUCAGCUGCAGCAGUGAAUCAACAAUCUGUAAGUGAUGCUUCAUCAGCAAGCGAAGCCAUUCUACAACAGGCAUCAUCCAGCGCUAGAGGAGUCGAUAUGGAAAUUGAUGAUGAUGUUAUUUGCUUGACUCCAUUCCCAUCAUCAUCAUCAAGUCAAACAGUCCCAACUAAUGAUGAAGCAAUUUCAAUUGAUUCAACUACAUCAUCUUCAGAUUCAGUAGUUUAUGUUCCAAAUCGUAGUGACCCAGGAAAAGAUGACACUGAAACAAAAUGCUCAUCGGAUCAAGCAUCAUCUGAAAAACCAGAUGGAGACACAAAGAGACGUGAAAAAGGAGCACCUGGACAAUUGCGCUACAUCAAAGCCCUACUUGCAGCUUCAUCCCGACUCGGACGUGCAUUGGCCGAAUUGUUUGGUAACUUGGUAAAACUCUGUGUUGGCACUCCUGGCCGACAACGACGCACAAAUGAACUUUUAUCUACUGCCAAUUUCCCUUGCACCGAAGCAGGAGAUAUUGCUCGAGUCCUAAGCUAUAUUCUAGUUAAUGGUUUUUGCUAUGAGAAAAUAGUUUCACCCAGUGUCCCGAAAUUAAAGUUGACAUUUUUAAUUUGUUCCGUGGGAUUCACUGGACCAAUGCUAUUUGAUGAAAAACGCUAUGCAUUCCAUUUAAUGCUGUCACAAUUUUGUGAAGAAGGAGGAUUAGAGGCAUUCUUUGAUAUGUUCAAAUGGGCACUAUCCUAUGGUUGUGCUGAUGAAGAUAAGGAAUCUUUUAUUAAAGGCAAUGAAUAUGCCGAAGGAACUGGUGAAUUCUUAGAUGCAUGGCUUUUGUUACUCGAGAAAAUGGUUAAUCCUCGAGCUAUAUUCGAAUCACCACAUUAUAUUACAUCUCGACCAACAUCUGGACCCACUGGUCAAUUGCUAGAAUUUGAACCUGUUUUCUACAUGGUUAAAGUUCAUUCAUUAGCUUUGAAUGCACUCUCAGAUAUUUGGGAUAAGAAACCACUUCCAAAUUAUGGUAUACGAAUGGCUGAGUCUAUAAUGGCCAUUAUGAAACAUAUACUCAAAAAUGAAACAAUGCUUCGUGAGAAGUACCAAAAACGUAAAGAAGAAAUCAAAAAAGUCGAAGAAGAAGGUGAAGCACGUAAGAAUUAUAGGGAUUCUAUUAAAAAAUCUGUCAAUUUAAAUCAUUUGAAAUUAUUCAUGGACAUGGGAUUCUCUGAAGUUCAUGUUAGUGAAGCUCUGGCAGUAACAAAUUCUGUUGAACAAGCAACUGAUUUUCUAUUAAAUCGUCCAGAAUCGAGUGGAAAUGCAUCAGCAAGUGCAAUGUCACGAUUAUUGAGUUUUGAACAAGAAUUAGAUGAUGACGAUGAGGAUGAUAAUGAUGAAGCUGAUGGAGAUGGUAGUGAAAUAGAAGUUGUUAAUCGAACUAAUAAGCCUACAAACACUGAUAAAAACACAGCAGAUAUGAAUGAACAAGUUGAAAAUCCAGCAACUGAAAAAACACCAGAAAUAACUGAAUCAAAGAAUAAAACUACUUGGAAAUCUGUACAAUUGCCCGAUGCAGUUGCUAUUGAUAAUUUCUGUCGUGAGGCAUUGAAGAAAACUUUCAAUACAAUGGAUCAGCUACCAGAAACUGUUACUUCUGGUGCAGAUUUGCUAGCUGUUCUCUAUCGCAGACACACCCCAGACAUGAAGCAUAAAUUUUUGCUAACUUUAGUUCAAAAUAUCACAGAUUGGGCUGAAAAAAUGUUGCACAAUCUCAAAGCUCGUGAUGCUUUGAAUUCCAGCAAACGCGAAGAAAUACUUAUCGGUCGUUAUGGCAUUAAAUUGUAUAUCAGGCUUAAAGUUGGUUGUUUAUUGCUCGAUGAUAUUUACAAAGAUAUGCGUAAAACUUUCUGCAUGGCAAUUCGACAUGAAAAGUCUCUAAGCACUUUAAUCAUGUUGUUGCAUAAAAUCGAAUCUAUUUUACAAGAACACAUUGCCCUAGGGGCUCCACCAAUCACACCAAGAUGGUUGCAACAUUUGAUUGAAUUUAUUGAUUCAAUCGAUAAUGCUUGUCACAUUAUGCAACGCAAAACAAAUAUGCUCGCUGUAACAACAAAAAUAUGGAAAUGGUUUGAUUCGCCAGCUGGCAAAUGGAAUGCAUAUUCAAAUACUAACAAUGAAAUAAUUCAUAAAGCUUUUGUUGCUGGUGAACGAUCAGUUCGCAUUACAUGCGGCAGACAAAAGUAUACAAUAAAUUUCAAUUGCAUGUCACAAGUGAAUGAAGCAACUGGUAAUCAUAGACCGAUUAUUUUGGGGCUCAAAGUUACUGAUCUAGCUGAUGGCAGUUCAAAAAUUGAAUCUUCAAUUAUAACUUCGGAGACUUCUUCUGAUUCUGAUUCGGGUGAUCAAUCGGAAACUGCUGAUCAAAGUGCAGUUAAUACACGUUCAGCUGGAUCUCAGGCAGCAGCUGAUAUUCUUCCUCAUUCACGAUCGUCAUCGGAUGGUGGAAGCAUAGAUUCUAUUGCAGUUGGCAAUACCGAGUCGCGUCUGUCGGGAUUAUUUGAAAUCGAUGAUGACAGCAAGCUGGAAGAGGAAAUCACUGAAGGCGGGGUAGGCGUGGAAACAUCGGCAUCGGGAUUAAACAAAAUAGUUCUUCAUGAAGAACCAACUGGUUUGCAACAAUAUGAUACAGGCGCCAUUGUGAGUUGUUUAGCUCGUUUGAUGCGUCCCAAAUUAGCCAUUGAUUUGGAUACCAUAAAUUCGAUAUUAAAAUUGUGUGUUAAGCUAACAAAAGAUGCAGAAAGUGCAAAAGUCUUUGCAAAUAACGGUGGCAUUAAUCUCUUACUGAGUAUGCGUCAAAUGUGCGGCUAUAUGGGAUUCCCCACUUAUGCCAUAUUGCUAAUUCGACAUGUUUUAGAAGAACCACAAACUUUGCUCGCGACUAUGGAACGUGUGAUUGCAUCUCGAACUAUGUCAGUUAUUCCAAGUAAUCACCGUGAUUUGAUUUUCGUUUUGAGGCAAAUGAGUUCAGCUGUUUCACGCGAUCCAAAAACCUUUAUGCGUGCUGCCUCGAAUGUGCUGCGCUUAGACAGCAAUAUAAUGAAGGGCAAUGAUGAUACUCGACUUAUAGUGAAGGCAUCAGUACUUAUAAGAAAAGCAGCAGCAACAGGAACAUCAUCAUCAGCAUCCACAUCAACAGCAGAUGAUAAUGUAGCAAGUUGCAGUAACGUUCAUUCAGCAACCGAAAAUGAUAUAGCAACAAGUGUCAUCAAAGACUUGUUGAAGGCACUUCUCUUGCCAUGUAUUCAUUUCCCUCCACCGCCAGCUGCGAGGGCAUUAUUCAAAGAAAAAACACAAUUAACUUUUGGUGGACUUACAUCUACUAGCAAAGCAUCAUCAUCUAAUUCAGCAACGGAUGCAAGUUCAUUUGAAAAGACUCCAUCAGAUGAUAGCCAAAGUGAUCAAUGCUGUGGAUGGCAUGUUCCAAGCAGCAGUCACUUGCAUGAUAAGCCCCUUCUAACCAGAUCAACUAUUUUGAAAAUUCUUGCCGAUGCUGUUCGAUCAUAUCAAACAUUUGCACCCAAAUUAAUCACCGAGCAUGUUUACUAUGCUAAAGAUAGUGUUCUCAUAAAACAAGAUCAAUCAGCACUAUCGUUUAUACUUGACAACUUUUUGCCUCUGAAAGAGAACUGCCAAGAUCGUGAGGUUAGCACAAUGGCCCGUGUUUUAAUAACAUCACUCUCAGAUUGUGUUGAUCAGCUAUCGAUUCAAAACACUGUAAUAAGUGAGGUUAAAUCUGCAAUACAACGAGCUAUUAAUUUGCCAGAAUGUUCGGACAAGCAUAUGCGCUUACAAGUAUUUGUGGGAUUAUUGCCCACAACAAUUGACAAUCCAAUGCCGUUGAAUAAAAUAACACCACAUCGAAGAAAUGAAAUACUUUUGAUACUUUUACGUAAAGGAAUUAUGACAGAUUUGGCAAAAAUGAUUUUACAUUUAGAUUUAUCGAAUCCAAAUUCGGUGACAACAUUGAAUGCUGUUCUAAAACCAAUGGAAACUCUAUUGCGUCUAACAAUUUCACCCGGAUUGUCAGCAAAGAAGAAAACAUCACAAUUACAAUGUGAUCGGCGAAAUCGUGAUCAGCUUUUAAAUGCUACUCAAGGUUCAAAUGGUGGAACAACUACUAUUCAUACAUUAUCAAGACGAUCAACUAAUGACUUAGAUGGAGAUCAUAUUAUUUUGGAUGUAAUGGCUGAUCGACCAAGAGCUUCUGGAUUCUUCUUUACUGGCGAUUCAAGAACAAGUGAACAGUUUAAUAAUAUUUUUGAUGGUAUUCUUGGAAACGAUCAAGAAUUCUUUAAUGAUGGUGUUUUGCGACAUCUUAAUGAUGAUGCCGAAAGUCCAAAUGCAGAUGUCGCUUUUGAGACAAGCAGUGAGUCGAGUGAUUCAGAAUCUAAUGCAUCAGAAGACAAUGACGAAAGGGACGGUGAUGAUGACGAUGGUAAUGAAGAGCAUGGAGAGGAACGAAGUGAAGCUGAUGCAGAUGAAGAAACUCGUCAGUUUAUUGAAAUAUUUGAUCAUGCUUAUGCUCCAGAUCAGCCAAGGGCUACAACAAGUGACCGUCGUUUAGAUGGAGUUCCCAUUAUUCGUUAUACAGUAUCAUCAAAUUUGAACCCAUCAGGUUCAGGAACAAGUAGUGGUGCAUCGACCAGUGGCGCUGGAAGUGCUAGCAAUCUUGACAAUUUAGUCUUGGUGCACCAAACACGUCCACGAAAUACCAAUGCCAGCGUAUUGAGUCGUUCAUUUAACCCAAUACACCAGCAACAACUUCCCAGCAUUAAUAUUGGUAUAGUUCGUUCUUCACCAGCUACUGGUCCAAGUACCAGUGCAAGAAAUAAUAACAGCAUUGAUGAUGAUUUAAUUGCCCGAUUCAAUUACUACAUUCACCAUGGCCAAACAUUAUCGAGCGGCUCUGGUUCAGGUUCUAAUCCAACCGUUCCAAGUAGUAUUAGCAAUCUAACAGCCGGAGGAGGUGGCUUAGGAUCAUCUAGCACAGUUCAGUUUGGAACUAAUGCAGGCAUUACAGUUGGUGGUGGUGGUGCUGAAGACACAAGUGAAGGCCGUGUUCCCAGCUCCACCAACAGAUUACAACGUGAUUCUCGUCGAUUAUUGCUCGUAGACCAGCAGUAUUGCACUUCACAUUCAUUUAAUAAUUCUGAUGAAAAUCAAAAUGAACUUUUCAAUCAAGAUGCACUUCAUUGGUGGCUGGAAGAAGCCAAACAUUUAGACAUGGAAUCUCAACCAGAUAUCUGUUUAACAGUAGCUCAUCAAUUGAUUCCAGUUUUACAAGAAUUACGGGCAAAAACAAAGAGGAGAAAGAGGAAAACAGCUUCGAUUAUAACUCAAGCUGGAUCGAUUGAUGAAUCGACAAAAACUCAAGAAUCAAGUGGAAUUAGUACACCAAGUGUCAAUAUAACCACACCAGCAACAGUUCAGAAUAGUUCAUCACCAAGUAACAGACGAAGUGCAAUUCCUAUUUUACUUCCAAGAAAUUCAGAUUCACGUGAUGCUGCAAAUCCAUCAUCAGACAUUGUUGAUCCCAUAAUUGAAUUUAAUUCUCUCAAUGAUGAAGAUAAUGAUAAUCCAGAUUUGGAUACAAGUGGUGCAAGAAGAAUGCAAGCUAGCAAUGAUAGAGAAUCUCCACUUGCUACAAGUCAGAAUGAAACAACAGAUCCUGAAGUUGUUGAGGAGAGUGGUGAUGAUUCUAACUCAGAUGGUGAACCUCUUACUCCACAAGAAACCAGUCAAACUGGUCGACAAUCUAACCAGAGUUUAGUUACAUCAGCUGCAAACUUACGUCAAAGAAUAACAGAAGAAAUGGCUGUAGCUGCAUUGGCUGAAGCUGCUUUAGUACCAUUACCAGAUGAUGAUGAAGACGAAGAGGAGGAGGAAGAAGAGGAGGAGGAAGUUGAGGCUGACGAACGACAAGAAAACGAUGAAAAUGACGAUGAUAACGAAGAAGAAGGUGAAGACGAGGAACUUAAUGUAGAAGAUGUUAUAAUGGACUUUGAUGAUGAAAUACAAAAUGUCUUAUCACAGUAUAUCGGUUUCGCGCAGUUUUCAGCACCAGCUCCUCAAGAAAUAGCCAGUGAAUCUAUGGUCCAUAGCUAUAGCAGCGUUUCCCAAAAUGCAGAAGCAGGCUCAGAUCAAUCCGAUCGUAUUACUGAAAACAUUUCAGAACCAUCAUCAGAGCCAUCAGCCGCUUCGACAACUGCUCUAUCUUCAGACGCCGGCGCAUUAGCAUCAACCUCUUCAGCAGAUAUCAACAAUGCUUCACCAUCAUUGACAACAAUUGCAGGAGGAUCGUCGUCCUCCAAUAGAGCUGCUGCAUCUGGCACCGCCGCAUCAUCAUCGAGAAACAAUGAAAUGAGCCCUGAAGUUCGCCUUGUACUUGGUGAUCUUCAAAUACCUGAAGGUGUUGAUCCAUCAUUUUUAGCUGCACUGCCAAGUGAAAUGCGUGAAGAAGUUAUUCAAGAGCAUUUGCGUGCACAACGAAAUCGCCAGCGGGCCCAACAAAAUGCAAUUGAAACUGAACAUGAGUCGCUAAUUGAAGUCAAUCCUGAUUUCUUGGCUGCCCUUCCGCCAAGCAUACAAGCUGAGGUAUUAUCACAACAACGUAUUGAGCAACAGAGACAAGCAGCACAGACUGCCAAUCCAAAUGAUCCAGUUGAUGCGGCAGCAUUUUUCCAAAAUUUACAACCAUCACUUAGACAAGCAAUUCUAACAGAUAUGGAAGACUCACAAAUAGCUAGUUUGCCACCUGAUUUGGUUGCAGAAGCACAGAAUUUAAGACGAGAUUGGGAACACCGCAAUCGACAAACUCUGCACGAGCGCUUAGUUACUCACUCACAAGCCAAUUCGACACCAGCUAUUGGUGGAACAGCUUAUAUCCCGCCUCGAAUCCCAUCGAUUCAAAACCUAAGAGGUCGCCCCAGUUGGCACGUUUGGUACAAUUCUCACUCAUCAUCAUCCAAUGGUCCUGGUGAAGGAAAUUUCCAGAAACUACAAGGCAAACCAGUCGCCCUAGCCCUAAUGGAAACCGAAGGAAGCCUACUCGAUGUCGACGCUUUAUCUUCGCUUCUCUUAAUGUUGUUCAUUGAUGAUGCCAAAUUCAACAUACUCCGUCUUCAUCGAGUAAUUCGUCACCUAUGCUAUCACGCUGGCACACGAGAAUGGAUCAUUGAUUCGUUGAUUUCAAUUAUUAAAAUGGCUGACAAAACUGACAUCACCAGAACAGAUGGAAAGCUCAUCAGUAGACCACAAUAUCUAACUUUGAGAGUUGACGCUGCUCUCGGCUAUCGUUCUAGUGUUUUUCUUAUCAAACGUGGCAUUGAGCAACCAUUUAAAGAAGAAUCAUAUUGUGGAGGGGAAGGUAAUGCUAUUCGCAUUCAUCCUCAAGCCGCUCAAAUGGUCUGCCGCAAUUCGCUUGAUCUCCUAAUAACAUUAGCUCGGUAUUUCCCGGGAGAUUUUGUUCCAUUCAGAGAAACAGAAAGUAUUGCAGACAAAACUGAUACAAUCAAUACUAAAUUGAGAGUUGAUAAGGACGGUGGCGGCGGAGGGCAAUCAAGUCCACAAAACCCAUCAGCUAAUUCGAGUUUGACUUCUGCAGGAGUUUGGUGCACGAAUAUUGCAAAGAAACCGAAAAUUUCUCAUACACCAUCAUCACUAAGUGCGACACCAUCUUCAUCCAAGGACGAAGAUCCAAAAUCAAGUACAUCAUCAAAAUCAACUGGUGCUGCGAAGAAAAAAACUCCAUCUAUAUUUGAUGUGCUUCUUAAGCUCGAUUGUACAACUCGACCCUUCCAGUCCAGCUCCACAUCCACUGGCUCUAGCUCCUCCUCCUCAAAAGAAGUUGCUUCUGCAUUUUUACUGAAUCCACAACCCAAUCGUGGUAAACUUGACUUUCUAUCAUAUGAAGACUCUCCAUUUGCUCAAUUGAUGUCACUUUUACCAACAAGUGUUGUCAAAAGAUCUCAACAACUCACUGAUAAACUUGUUCGUUUGCUUGCUUCAUUGGGACUUGAACUUCCAAAAGAAGAUAAAAUAACACCUGUUGCUAUGGACGAUGACUUGACUGACACCACUGAAACAGCACCCAGCAGCAAGCCGCCUGCGACUGCGACAGCACUAGCAAGUGAAACCCCAGUAAUACCAGUUGCAAAAGCUCAAGUAAUAGAUGUUCAUGAUAGUGAUAGUGAACCUGAUGCCAUAACUGGCAGCGACGACGAUGAGGAUUCUGGAAGCGGAGGUGAUGGUGACAGUUUUAAAACCAACAAACCGUAUGUAAAGAAACCACGAUCAAUUUUACUCUAUCCAAGUAAAAUUCAGCAACUUAAAAUUGCCAUUGAAGUUCUCACAACAAAAAGUUGCUCCGAAGAAGGCCUAGAGUAUGUCACUGAUUUGAUUGUUCAUUUAAGUCAAUGUUCGGCUAAAGCUAAUGCAAUUGUGGAUCAGCUAUUAAUACAAGGAGUUAUGGGAUUGGCCGAAUUGGUACGCAUGCAAAUAUUAUGUCUAAUGAAAGAAGUUAAAGAGAAUAAUCUCAAGACAAUAACUAAAGAAACUGACUCGAAUGCUGCUGGUGGUGCAAACAAAAGUAGUAGUAGUCAAUCGUCGUCGUCGUCGAAAUCAUUGACCACUCCUCGUGGUGGUGGAAUAAUAAAUGAUCGAUUUACAGCAGCUCAAGUUGUCAUUUCGGCUCCAUCCAAGUCUAAGCCGACUUGUGAGCUUCAAUUGCCCAGCAUGAGUCCAUUGUUGACGAAAUCUUCUUCGCAAACAUUCUUCUUACGAACUUUGAAAGUCUUUAUGCAAGUUCGUGAUUUUGUUGUUUUUCAAAAUUCGGUUACGAAAUUAGAACCUCUCAGUGAGAUAAUUUGCUUAAAUGAAUUAUGGGAUACACUAAGUGAGUGUUUGGUGCAUUUGGAGAAGACAAACGAUCAACAUGCUGUAUUGAUUUUGCAACCGGCCGUUGAGGCGUUCUUUUUGAUUCAUGCUUCGAAGAAAAAACAAGCUGUCAAAACAUUCCGACCAAGCACUCAUCGUUCGGACACAUUUCCAAUAACUAGACGCCCAUUGGGUGGUGGCGCUUCAGCAUCGUCGUCGUCGGCUGCUGCUGCUGCCCCAGGUCCUAUUCCGAAUACAUUAGCAUUUGGCAUUAAUGAAAGAAUGCCUCCACGCAAUGCUCAAAGUAGCAGCGGGAAUAACAGCAUUGAAGGAGAAUCAAGCGAACAAGAAAGUACUGAUUUGGCUGCUGCAGCUGUGGAAGGUAUUGUGGAUAAUCCGUCACCAUUAACUGGUGCUGCUGGUAGUAGUAAAACCGAAACAACUGCUCCGUCCACAUCUGGUGCAGCUACUGCUGCAGCUAAAGAAGCUGAAAUACAACGUCGUGAUCAGAAGAAAUUUUUGGAAUUUGCCGAAAAACAUCGCACAGUUCUUAAUCAAAUUCUGCGUCAAUCAGCUACGCAUCUUUCGGACGGACCAUUCUCGGUGUUGGUUGAUCACACUCGUAUUUUAGAUUUCGAUGUGAAGAGGAAAUACUUCCGAACUGAAUUGGAGCGAAUGGAUGAGGGAGUGCGACGCGAGGAGUUGACUGUGAAUGUUAGACGUGUUACAGUUUUUGAAGAUUCAUUUAGAGAGUUAUAUCGGCGUGGUCCAGAAGAGUGGAAAAAUCGUUUCUAUAUAGUUUUCGAAGAUGAAGAAGGACAAGACGCAGGUGGUCUACUCAGAGAAUGGUAUGUUAUUAUCUCAAGAGAAAUCUUCAACCCUAUGUACGCUUUGUUCUGCGUUUCGCCUGGUGAUCGAGUGACCUAUAUGAUCAAUCCAUCUAGCCAUGCAAAUCCUAAUCACUUGUGUUACUUCAAAUUUGUUGGACGUGUUAUUGCCAAAGCAAUUCAUGAUAAUAAACUUUUGGAAUGUUACUUCACACGCUCAUUUUACAAACACAUUCUUGGAAUUCAAGUCAAAUAUACUGACAUGGAAUCACAAGAUUAUGAAUUCUAUAAGGGUUUGGCAUAUCUUAUGAGCAAUGAUAUUUCAUCACUUGGUUACGAUCUGACAUUCUCAACUGAGGUACAAGAAUUUGGAGUUACACAAAUUCGUGAUCUGGUACCAAAUGGCCGGAAUAUAACAGUUACCGAGAAGAACAAGUUCGAUUAUAUUCGUUUGGUUUGUCAGCUCAAAAUGAGUGGAUCCAUUCGACAACAAUUAAAUGCAUUUUUGGAAGGAUUUUAUGACAUAAUCCCGAAACGCUUGAUAUCAAUAUUCAAUGAACAGGAACUGGAAUUGCUGAUAUCGGGUCUACCAAAUGUUGACAUUGAAGACUUGAAACAAAAUACAGAAUAUCACAAAUACAAUUCCAAGUCACCACAGAUUCAAUGGUUCUGGCGUGCAUUACGUAGCUUUGAUCAAGCUGAUCGUGCUAAAUUCUUACAAUUUGUCACUGGAACAUCUAAAGUUCCUUUGCAAGGUUUUUCAGCCCUUGAAGGCAUGAACGGGAUACAAAAAUUCCAAAUACAUCGGGAUGACAGAUCAACAGAUCGUUUGCCCUGUGCUCAUACAUGCUUCAAUCAACUUGAUUUGCCACUUUACAAGUCGUUUGAGAAAUUGAGGACAUGUUUAACGAAAGCCAUUCAUGAAUGCUCUGAAGGAUUUGGUUUCGCUUAGAUAAAUGUUUUCUUAAAAACUUAAGAUUGAAAUUAUAAAACAUUUUAUCAUAAACAAAAAAACUUAUUAACGCAUAUUAUAUUUAAUAACAAUAUCUUAUCUCACUCAAAAUACAUAAUAAAUAUACUUAAAAAA